AUGGCUGAUUUCGCAAACGAUUCCAGCUUCCGCGACGCCGAGGUCUGCAGCGCCCAACCCACACCAUCAUUCGAAUGCCAUCCGCCGCCACGGAAGUCCUUGACCCCGACUGUGUCGUCCUGCCCAAAAGAUGUCGCAAGUCUCGACGCCCUCGCCACCUCUUCCAACAAUGACCGCCACUUCGCUAUCAAAGGAGGCCGCCACAGCAUCAUCCCGGGCGCCGCUAACAUCCAUGACGGCAUCCUCAUGGCAAUGAGCCGCUUCAACACCUCCGUCAUCCACGAGGUCGGAUGCUCGCUGGGCUCGGCAUGCGCCGCGCUAGACCCGUAUAAUCUGUCCACCAUCAUCGACUACCAUACGCUCACCACCAAUAAGACGGCCAAUAUGAAGCCAAUCGUGUACAAUGCCCGAGUUAACAAGCUUCCGGCCAUCGUAAAGGCUGGACCGAUCUCCCGCACACCGGGUAUACACUCGGGUUCCGGGGAUACGCGGACCCGGUGCGUGAGCUCAACAACGGGAUUCGUAAUGGGAUCGGCAAGAAUGAAUGGACAUUCAUCCGACGAUAUAAGCAAGAACAGCGCAUCCUCUCCGUCUACGCUAACGCCCGACUAUACAAAGAUAUCUGGCGCCACUAUCGCGAGAUUCUGCAACAGUACCGCGAUGUACCCGGUCUCUACCCCCUCCACUGCAACAUACCCAUCUCAGGUGAGCAAGGGCGUGCGGAAGGGCAGAAAUGUCCUGGGGCUGGAGACAGUGGGCGAUUGGGCCCUGGUUGGUGAGAUUCCCUGGACCUCCCUUGUUGGGGAUCCCGAUGCUGGCCAUACAAUGCUCUACUUCGGUAUCACGUUUGAAAACCGCGACGAUAUCGACCGUAUUCUUCCUGCCCACACCGAUUUGUUCAGUCAAUGCGGAAGCUCGCGGCUGAUAGGGGGAUGUUGCGCACUUAUGCAACCAAGAUGCCAUUGCGAGGUACGGGGAGGAAAAUGUCGCGAGACUCUUCAUGAGGUGCAGGGCUCGUAUGAUCCGACUCACGUCUUCCAGCGGUUGGUUCCCGGAGGACAGAAGUUGUCCAAAGAAUAG